UGACCCUGGCUGAUUUCAUCUCUGUAGAGCCGCUUCUCAGAAGGACAGAGCUUUAGCUCUGCCAAAAUGAAACACCCCUUCCACCCUCUUUUCAUUUUCCUCAUCAUAACAUCUGUGUGUGGUGGAAGCAAAGACUUCACAGAUCAGCUUAAUAAUAAAAACCUGAGCAUGCCCCUUUUGCCUGCUGACUUUCACAAAGAAAACACGGUCACCAAUGACUGGAUUCCAGAGGGGGAGGAAGACGAUGAUUAUCUGGACCUGGAGAAAUUAUUUGGUGAAGAUGAUGACUACAUUGACAUCAUUGAUGCAGUUUCCCCAAUAGAAUCAAGUCCUGGGAACAUCCUGCAGCUUUUCCAAGGCAAGAGCCGGAUCCAGCGUCUUAAUAUCCUUAAUGCAAAGUUCGCCUUCAACCUUUACAGAUCACUGAAGGACCUGACCAAUACUUUUGAUAACAUAUUUAUAGCACCUGUUGGUAUUUCUACUGCAAUGGGGAUGAUUUCCUUAGGCCUGAAGGGAAAGACUCAUGAACAAGUGCACUCGGUUUUGCAUUUUAAAGACUUUGUUAAUGCUAGCAACAAGUAUGAGAUCACAACUAUUCAUAAUCUCUUCCGUAAGCUGACUCAUCGCCUCUUCAGGAGGAAUUUUGGGUACACACUUAGGUCAGUCAACGACCUUUAUGUUCAAGAGCAGUUUCCCAUCCUAGAUGACUUCAAAACUAAAGUGAGAGAGUACUACUUUGCUGAGGCUCAGGUGGCUGACUUCUCAGAUCCUGCCUUCAUUUCUAAAACUAACGACCACAUUCUGAAGCUCACCAAGGGUCUCAUAAAGGAAGCUCUAGCAAAUAUAGACCCUACUAUUCAGAUGAUGAUUCUUAACUGCAUAUACUUCAAAGGAUCCUGGGUGAAUAAAUUCCCAGUGGAAAUGACACACAACCACAACUUCCGGCUGAAUGAGCGAGAGGUGGUCAAGGUUCCCAUGAUGCAGACUAAGGGGAACUUCCUUGCGGCAAAUGACCAGGAACUUGACUGUGAUGUUCUCCAGUUGGAGUAUGUAGGAGGCAUCAGCAUGCUAAUUGUGGUCCCGCACAAGCUAUCAGGGAUGAAGACCCUUGAAGGACAGCUGACACCCCAGGUGGUAGAGAGAUGGCAAAAAAGCAUGACAAACAGAACYCGAGAAGUGCUUCUGCCUAAAUUCAAGCUGGAGAAGAACUACAAUCUGGUGGAGGCCCUGAAGUCAAUGGGAAUCACAGAGCUGUUUGACAAAAAUGGCAACAUGUCAGGAAUCUCAGACCAAAGGAUCACCAUUGACCUGUUCAAACACCAAGGUACCAUCACAGUAAAUGAAGAGGGCACCCAGGCUGCGGCUGUGACCACCGUUGGGUUCAUGCCAUUGUCCACUCAAGUUCGUUUCACUGUUGACAGACCCUUUCUGUUUCUGGUCUACGAACAUCGCACCAGCUGUCUGCUCUUCAUGGGGAGAGUGGCAAACCCUGCCAGGUCUUAAAGAUGGCACCUGGGCACAAUCCAGUGCUUCAGCACCCCUGGAUUCAAUCCCCUAUACCAAUUCUAUUUCCAUUCUAUCAAUGAGGACAGAGAUGUUUUGGUACCAAGACUUCCACGGUUACCAAACAGAAUCAAGGUUCUUAUGGAAGAAGAAAUUUACUAACAACUGAGAAGCUGGUUGGGAUCAAUUUUGCAUAUUAAACAAUGCCAUAAGUCAACAGGAGCUAGUAUAACCAACUGGUGUGUCAGGUGUUCCUAAAGAGUCUUGAAAACAGACUCUCUCACCUUCUUCCUGCCUCCUCAUAGCAAACCUAUAAAGUGUACUCAGCACCUUCUUUCCUGACAGCCCCAUCUUGCACAUCUGGCCCUAUUACUUAAAGCCUUUCUCAACCAGGGACCCCCAUCAAAACACAGAGAUGAGUUACAUGACUAAUUUUUCACCUCAAAGAGAGUGCCUAAUUAUUAUCAUUCCCAAUGCCCAGGAGAGAAAUAACCUGAGACAUACAAAGGGUUCCCUGAGCAUUGGGUCUUAAUUCUCUCAAGGCCUAAUCUUCCAAAUCCAUGUAAAUGUCCUACUGUCAUCUUCUACUACUCAGAGGACAGUGUAUGUACACAAGGCCAUGUCUUCUACCCUAGAGAUAAAUAAAGAUAGCCACAUUUACU